AGAGGAUCAACCUCUAGAGAACAAUAUCUAAUUACACCAGACGAUCAAGCUCAGGUGCACAAUUCUUCGCCCCUCCAUAUGAUCAACUAUUCUUCAGCAUAUGUGAUCAACCUCUAAUCAACAUCUCCUCAUCACUCGAGAUGAUCAAUCUCUGGUGAACAACUUACUACCGAUGAUUAACCUCCGAUAAACAAUCCACACAUCACUAAGGAUUGUUAAUCUCAGGGGAAUAACUCCUGUCACGUGAGGCGACGAUAAUCGUCUCCCCAGGACGUGAAACAAAUUUGAUGUUGUUUUAGCUUAUUAUUUAUUGUGACUUAAUGACAUAAAUAUACCAGACAUGAGCACCAAUUAAAACCAAGCUAUCCUAUGCCAGCAGCUCAACGAACUUCAGUUUCAUCAACAAGGCGUCCGUGUCUAAGUGUUCCUCAGCGACAUCUUCAUUCGCUCCCUAAUGGCGGACUUCAACAUGACCAAAACUUGGGCAAACAUCACCGACCCGGAAAUGUCGGUCAUUGUUGCAGAAGAUUUCUUGAUGCCUUGGUAUACGCAGUUCCUAUGGUACUUGCUCUUCGGGUCGAUGGUGUUGAUGGCCGUGGGCGGUAACUUGAUCGUCAUUUACAUCGUAAUAGUUGACCGGAAAAUGAGGUCUGUGACAAAUAUAUUCAUCGUGAAUUUGAGCAUUGCUGACGCAAUGAACGCAAUCUUCAACGUAGUAUUCAAUUUUAUCUUCAUGCUCCACAUGCAUUGGCCCUUCGGUUAUAUUUAUUGCAAGUUCAACCAGUUCAUCGCUGUCCUGUCCAUCUGCGCUUCCAUCUUCACUCUCAUGGCAGUUUCGUUCGACAGGUACUGGGCAAUAAUGUACCCACUGCGCACGCGCAUCGGGCGCCGUGCUACGCUGCUCAUCGUGCUCUGCAUCUGGCUGGCCUCCGUUGCGCUCGCCUUGCCCAACGCCAUCUUCUUCACCAUCGCUGAACUGAACACGUCGAGCAGCGCUAGGACGGUCUGUCACUUCGAGUCUCCGGAUGCGAUUCUGGACUUGGAGUUUAUCUACAACGUUUUGAUCACGGUGAUCACGUACCUCGUACCCAUGUUAUGCAUGGCCGUGACGUACACGAGGAUGGGGCUGUUGCUCUGGGGCAGUCAAGCUGUGGGCGAGCCGACGCCUGGCCAGCGCGACACUUCGCGAGCCAAACGCAAGGUCGUUAAAAUGUUGAUCGUGGUGGUGGUGAUGUUCGGGGUGUGUUGGCUGCCAUACCAACUCUACUUCAUCAUCUCGCACUUCUUCCCUUACAUAAACGGCUACGAGCACAUGCAAACAAUCUACCUGCUGAUCUACUGGCUAGCCAUGAGCAACUCCAUGUACAACCCCAUCAUCUACUGCUGGCUCAACGAAAAUUUCCGUAAUGGCUUCAAGUCGGUGUUCUACCGCUGCUUACCCUGCGUACCUUGGUUGAAGCCUUCCUUGUCUCUACGCCCUGGAAACACAAUGUCCACCUACUACUCCACCAGCGGCAGCCCUGAAUUCCCCAGGAGAUUUGGUCAUGGUCGUUCAAUUGCACUUCACACGCUUCAAAAUCCCAGUCCCGCAUCCACGAUUACGACACGCUACGACAACGGUCGAUCUUCAACGCGUUCAUCCUCCAUCACCAACUCCAUGAUCCAUUCUUCGAGUUCUGGCGUGAAAUCUGGCAUGCGGUCUUGCACCGGCGGGGGCAUUGCUCAUGACUUGGCCUAUUAUCCUCCCAGUUACGGUGCCAGCAGAGCUGACAGAUGCCAAACACAGAGCCUGCUGCAUACGAAGCUCAGUGGCGACUACGGCGGACUCAAAGAUUUCAAGAAAAGUCCACCGCACGAGUACAGCUAUGUUGAUGUCAUCAAGACCCUCGAUUUCGACAAUGACAGUGCUAAGGAUGCCGAAUCCAAAUCAAAUCAAAUUUCGAUGGGACAUGAAAACAGGUCUAUGAAUAUCCCUUUGAGCGUCAGUCCGCUUCUCCAGUGCCCCUCCUCGGAAUCGUCACCCUUUGCUAUAGUUAUGGCAUCCCCCGUGGACCGCGACUGUCCUCUGGUGAUGGUCGACGCGAGCGAAGACGCGUACUUGAAAUACCUCGAGGAGCCAAUUGACCAACGCUCGUCACAUGAUCAUGAAGGUUCAGAUAACGUGCUUGAAUAAUAAGUUUACUCUCUGCACUCUGUGCCACUCGAGUGGUAAGUGCAGCAUUGUCUGCAACAUCUUUCUACCUAAAUAGUUAUUCCGGAUAUUUGUUCAAUGUGUACUAUAUCAUGCAUCGAACUGAAUUAUAUGAGAAUACCAAUCGAUGCCGAAUCUAUAAAGCUGUUCGCAUUUUAAGCUGUAAAUACUUAACUUGUCUAUGUGUCAUCUUUGUAUAGAAUUAAGCAGAUGGUCGAACAAAUCACUCUUCGCUUUAAACGCAACUGCAGGAGUUUGUUUGAAAUAUAUAUAUAAUGUUAAUAAUGUGAGACAUAUCGUAAUUUAAAAUAGAUUAUGCUGGUCAUAUUUCAUUUGUUUCGCUUUUGUGUAUACACAAGCAGCUGUCACUGUAUCUAUGGUUAGGACUGAGUCCGCACUUCAAUUUCUAUUAUUCACUUCAUGCUUCAUCAUCACAAUAUAAUUGCAUUGUCAUGAAGUCCUAGGUCAGUUUCAGGAACUAGGACAUCUUCUCAUAGUGUCAAGCACUUUCUCCAUUAUACGCAAAGAAUUUUUAUCUAUUUAUACGGUAACGCAAAUGAUAUUUUUUAGGUUUGAGUCAUUCAGUUCUGUUUUUACCUCUACAAAUGAUGAUGUGUUACAAAUAUGUAAAAAAAUAUAUAAACAGGUUGAUUCACGGAAACUCUCUGAUUUGAAAGCUCAAUAAAACUGAACUAGCAAAAAUAUCACUUACAUACGAAUUUUAUUAGAAAAAUACCUGAAUUUCUGUAUCACUUAGUUUUUAAGAUCAUAUUGGGCAAAUGACGGUCCCCAUUGUCAAUGAAAUCAGUUAGUCGAUUUAUGAAAUUCUGUUCAACUCGCUGAAGCAUAUUGACGUGUAUGUUGGUGAUGACUUGGCGUAUGUUGUUCUUCAAAUGAGGUUGGAUCCUUGGACAGUCGAUAUAAGCUAUUUAUUUAAUAUAACUCAAUAAAGAAAAUUCCCAUGGAGUCAAAUCGGAGGAUGGGGCUAGCCAAAGAAUGUAAUUUCUCAAGGAGAUGACGCACUCUGCAUAAUGUUGUCUCAGAAGUACGCCUCGACAGCAAACGCACGCUGCUCCCUUGUCCAAUGCAUAGUGGCAACCGACUAGGUGGGACACAAAACAUCAUGAUCUUACAAUUUAUAUGAAUUACUGAGCGCCCUUUUCCCACAAUUACUGGCUGCUUGGAGCGAAAUGUAAAACAGGAAGCUUCCGUAAAUCACCCCAUAUGUAUACUUUCACGAUUAUAUAUAGCCGCUGAGAUACUUCGACGCGCUUGGGCAAACAAAACUUCAAAUGGCUGAUCCCCGAUGAGCAUUUGAAGUCGAGAAAAGGCGUACCUCGCUGCUUGAAGAAACCAAAGAGAAUCCAUCAUGUACGGUUUCACGAAAAAAAAUAAUUUGCUGUCAAAGUUACUUUUACUUCAUUGGAAGGUUUUCCUAAAAUGAGAUUGGUGGUGAUGACACUUUUUCUUCCAAGGCAUCAGCAAUAUAUUAAGCAAGUCUGCUGUUGGACUCGAGAUCAGAUGGUAGAUAAAUAUUGAUGUACUAAUCUUACUAGCACUGCACUUCAUUUUUUAUCGCCUUUAAUUAUAUAACUCGUUAGCUCCGCAUAUGAGAUACAGAAGCAAUCCUCGAUUGUUCCUGCUACAAUAAUGGAAAAUAUAAUCUUUUCCACUAAUGAAAAGAUGGGAUUAAAAUGCAAUGGAACUUUUCUUAACGAAUCUCAGCAGUUAUUUUGCUACAAUUAAAUACAAAGUAUCCAACAGAGUUAAUAAAUGAACGACCAUUCGUUGAGUAUUUUGACAUUUAUACAGUAGUGAUUUUAUGGGGAAAUUUUAAUACUGCGUUCGCUUCCAUCAUUCGCUGCUCAUUUUGAAAAGUAAAAAGAAACUCGAACGAAUAAUUUGUUACUCAAAUUAUCAGGUCAUCCCACAUUGCAACAUUGACUU